AUGUUGUCUCCUGUAGCCAUGCCACCACCGCGCAGCAUCAACCAGAAACCACCGGGCAGCAUGAUCCUGCCACCACCGUGUAGCGUGAAGCUGGCACAAUUGCGUAAAUUGGACAUGGCACUACAUCGCCGCAUGCUCCUGCCACCACAGCACCACAUGCACCUGCCAACACAGUGCAGCAUGAACCUGCCACCGCCGUGCAGCAUGAACCUGCCACCGCCGUGCAGCAUGAACUUGCCACCGCCGUGCAGCAUGAACCUGCCAUCUCCGUGCAGCAUGAACCUGCCACCACCAUGCAGCAUGAACCUGCCACCAGUGUGGAACAUGAACCUGCCACCAGUGUGCAACAUGAACCUGCAACAAUCGUGCUACGUGGACCUGCCACCACAUCGCAGUGUGGACCUGCCACCACCAUGCAGGAUGGACCGACCACCAUCGAGCAGCGUGGACCUGCCCCCACUUCUCUGCCUGGACCUGACGAUACAUUGCCGCAUGGUCCUGUCCCUACCAUGUAUGUAA